UAUACAGCUUUCUUAUUUUGUUUCCUUUUGCUCAAAGUGAUUCGGCGCCGAAAGGAGUCGGCGGCGAUCUCAUCCGGCGGCCGAUUUUCUCAACAUAGAUAUCGAUCUUACCAUCCGGAAAUCGAUAGUGACUUUGUCGACGGCGAUCAGCAACUUCACUUCUUAUUCUAGGACCAAGUUCUGAUCAGAAACUGUUAUCUGGGUUGCAAAUACACAUCCGGAACAAUGUCUGGUGAAGAGGUUAGAAGAGUCUCACGUGAAGACAUACAACUGGUUCAAAAUCUUAUCGAGCAAUGUCUCCAACUGCACAUGAGCCAGAAAGAGGUGAUGCAUACACUGUUGGUUAAGGCCAAAAUAGAGCCUGGAUUUACUGAACUUGUGUGGCAAAAGCUUGAAGAGGAAAACCCAGAAUUUUUUAAGGCAUAUCAUUUGCGCUUACUUGUGAAGGAUCAAAUAGUUCAAUUCAAUAUGUUGCUAGAGAAGCAGGCGGAGUUAAUGAGACAACUAUCAAUUGGAACUCCUAUUCACAUGUCCAAUGGACCUCAUAUUCCACUAAGAAACCAAAAUUCAGCAUGUUAUGUUCAAGAGUAUACAAGACCGACCUUGCAGGCAGGAGAUAUGCAACAGCCUUUAUGCUCCUCUUCAUAUUCAAAUGGCGGGUCUUCAUCGAUGCAUAUGCAAGGGACUGUUGAUAUAUCCAACGAUGCUAAAAGAAAUAAUAUUUCAUCCAACAUGUUAAUGACUCAGAGCUCAAACAUGGGAUUGGUACAAGGAAUGAACGGACAGAAAAUGAAGUCGGACACUGGUUAUAUAAAUGGCUCCCCUUGCAUGUUUGGACCUAAUGGCAAUGUUCUUGAUGCCCGCCAUGCAGCUGGAGAAAUUCAAAUUCCUGUUUCAUCCUACAGUAGUGUUGAGUCACAUCCACAACCGAUUAAUAAUAAUAAUACCCUCUUAGGGGCUGAUGCUGCUUAUGAGAGCCUAGGGCAGAUUCCAAGAAACUUUAGUCUUUCAGACUUAACCGCCGAUUUUUCUCUCGGUUCUGAUAUACUGGAAAAUUACUCUGGAUCUCCUUUCUUAGCAGCUAGUUCAGACAGCUUCUUGAAUCCUCAAUUGCAAGAUAAUAGAAGAUUGGACACAAUAUCCGAAGGGUUGAGCUAUGAUAAUUUCGGAAGUGAUCGACUGAAAUAGCAAUUAAGACUAUGUAGAGAAAGUUUCUCAAUGUUGGAGUAAGUAUGUAAAUAAGCUGGAUGGUCUGGAGAAUGCGCAAGAUCUCACAUGGGGAUUUACUUGCGUGUGAUUAGGUAAAAAUGACUUUUAAAGAUGUGCAGAUAACAUGUGAAUUUGGUUUUUUAGGGGUGGAUGUUGUUAAUAACAUUUGAUGACAAUUUAGAAUCUUUAUAUGGUAAGGAGUAUAUUCAAACUUGGUUUGUGAUUUUAUCAGACUAUAUUAGUUUGAUU